AUGUGUUCGCUUAAGCGAUCCGCUCAUUCAUCAUCACUCUCAUUCGCCGAAGCCGCCCGUCGCGUUGGCGUUAAGCGCGAUGUCUUUUUUCGACGUGUCCUUGUUUCGGAUGCUGAUGUGCAGCAGCAGAUGCUCGCACGCAUUUCGGAUGACUUACAGCAGCUACUCGAUCAGGAUGAUGCCACUCUUUUGACCGACUAUUUUCCUACAGCGCUGCGUUUAACGCUAGACGCACCCUUUCCGGCCAUCCGCGAGGCACUUGCAAAGAUUGUUAAUGUGGUUGAGCAAAAGUACCCUGAAGCACGGGAGUUGCGCGCUCAACAGUUGCAAGUGUCGCACUUUUUUAAUAAUGGCGAUGCGCCAGAGGACGCCAUUCCUUGCGUGGACACAGACGAUGACAAUUUACGUACACUCUUUCAGCAAGCAUUUUUGCGCACUGGUCGUGUGACGCAUCUUACCCAAAUUCUAGCUUGGCAUCGCAGCUAUCUCGCACUUUUUGAUCGCAGUUUGGCCGCCACGAUGACACGGGAUGGAACACUCCCGCUUCAGUGGCGCAGCUAUAUUGCCGUUAUUGGUGCAAGUGAGCUUCGAUGUCACUACCUGGCCGAUCUGGAGCAAUACAACUUUAUAGUAAAUAACGGGGACGGCGAGUGGAUCAAGGGACUAGAUUAUGUGCCGCCCAAGCUCUUUCGACUCCACGAGUUGAGCUCGCUGCUAGCUCAUCGACCUUGGCUCCUUUCUGCCGACCAUGUGGCGGAACUUUUGCGCUCGGAUCAGGAUGACUCUUGGUCUGUUUCGGAGCUUGUACAUGCCAUUAUUGUGCUCUGUCAGGCGCACUCCAUAGCUUGUAUUGCACUUGGAGUAGGCUGUGCAGAGGAAGUGGACCUUGCAGUUUUUGGACAGUUUGGAUAUGCUCUAGAAGUCGAGACAGCUUCUACUGAGGCAUUAGACAACCAGGAAGGCGUUGACGCUAGUAGCUGUAACAGCGUUGAUUUGUCGACGAUUGACCGUGAUGACGAUAUACUAUUAAAGAGGCUGAAGAAGAAUAGCGGGUUGGACAGUGACACGGCAGACGAAGAGGAAGAAACUGGAGAGGAACAGGAGAAUGACGACUUGAAUGACGAUGACAGUUACGGCGCUGGCGACGGCUUUGAAGUUGCUGUGGAUGAAGCGGAUUAUGGACUGAAUGCAGCGACCGCAAACCGAAGAAAAGAUACAUUAUGGCGGUUCUGUGGUGGAAGUGUCAUGCGCUACAGCGACUUUGACGUACGGUCACAGGAGUAUGAGGUGUUACAUACAGAAGAUUUUAGCUGGGACGAGCAUUGUUUUUCACUUGUUAAACGGUAUUUCCCUGGUGAAGCGGGUCAGAUUCUGGAAGAUUUGUUUAAUUUGACAAGCAAGCUCACGUACGACUACUUUGGCACGCAAAAAGAAGAAUGUGUCGACACGAGUCCGUAUCGGGAUGCUGUGUGGUACUAUGUACAUCGUAUUUUUGGUAUCUGCCACGACGACUACGACUACCGCCAAGUUAACACAUAUUUGAACCGACCAACCAAGAUUUUUUUACGAAAAGUGGCAUGUAUGCCCUGGAAAGUGCGUCAAGAAGACUUUGCCCACUUUGAUCGCACAUUGAGUCCCUCUGAAAAGUGUCAUGUAAUUCUUCUGGUUGCUGAAGCACGUAAACAGGCUGGAUUGAUGUAUGGCCUUCGUGCUCUAGGCGAAAGACGAAUUGAUCAGCAUAAAACGUUAAUAAAUCUGCUUGCUUCUCUAGGCUAUAAAGAUUAUGUUUUGCCACUUUUACUCAAAGAGCUCCCGUUGUACAAGGUCAAAGCAUGGAAGUCAGCAUGUUUGCAUCCUGCGCUUUUAUUUAUUCAGUUUAUCGUCUCUAGUCACCCUAUUCGUAUACUCGAAUCGGAGAAAUACAGGGCACAUGCAUGA